AUGGAUUCUUCGUCAAUUGUUAGUUUCAAUAAUGAUUCAACAUAUCAGACCACUCUUAAAGGAGAAUAUGAUAACGUAAGUGUUCACGAAUUAGCUUUACAUGCAAUGCGAGAUCGAUGUUUACUUUUGCAGAGAAGAAUAAACACUUUAGAAAAUGAUAACAUGAAACUAAAACUGGAUAUAUCAAGGGCUACUGGAAAUUCUUCUUACAUUCCGUUACAAGAAGACGAGAAAACGCUACUCCAUCAACAAAUAGCAGAACUUAAUAAGCAGAAAUCGCAACUCAUUCACCAUGUCUUUAUGGUAUCCUGUGAAAAUAAAAACUUGUGGAAUAAAAUUUCUUCUUUAAAGGGUCAAGACAAAUCAUUUAAUAAAGAUUUAUGUAAGCGGCCUUUGUUACGCACACAUACUUAUAUUCAAAACAUGCAGAGGCCUAGUACAAACUAUCAAGAAAAAUAUUCUGAAUCAAGCUUAGAGGAGAUUUCUUUAAAGCUAAUUAAUAGCUACAUUCAAGAAAAAUCCCAACUGGUGGAGCAGUAUGAACAAAUGUCACAACUUCAAGAAAUGGAUGAUGAUAUUUUAAGUGUAGAUUCAGUAGGAUUCACCUUUAUGGAAGAUCCUGCUUUUGAUUCAUUAAAAGAGAUACAUAAUCAAAUAGAAAAAUUGCAACAUUUAAAAAAAGAAAUUAUCCAACAAGAAGAUGAUUUAAAAUUAGUAAUUUCAAGACUUGAAACUGUGUUAAUUGAAGGUUACAAAUGUCCAAAUUGUAUUAACAAUAAAACAAGAAUAACAACUACGGACAAUAAGGAGGUUGAAACAAGUGGCAGUCUUAUUGAUACGACCAACACUCUACAGUCUAACAAAUACAAUGACUCUUCACCUGGUUACAAAGAUUCAGAAAGCGAUGAAAAGGAUGUUACAGUAGAGCAAUUUGAUAAAAUUUGUCCCAUGUGUGGACAAACUUUUAAAAGGGAUGUUGAAUUUACAGAGUUUCAAUCACAUGUAGAACAACACUUUAUAGGUGAAAGUGGAAUAGAUUCAUUUAGUAACAAUUUAGAUGAUAGUCCUAAUUCUUUUGAUAAUGUAAUUUAA